UUUUAAGUUAAAGAUGUAUAAAUAGGUAUACACACAGACAGACAUACACACACCUACUUUGUCAAUGUGUCUAUGGGUGCACAAUACAAUAUCGUUGUAUGGUUUAUAGUGUGUAUAUAUAUUUACCACACCCAUACCAUCUCAUCAUCUGAACAGAGUGAUGGGACUGGCACAAACACAUACAUACCAUCUUAUCAUCUGAACACAGAAGUAUACACUAUUUAAAGUUAUUUAUAUUGUAAAAUUAAAGUAGAAGAAGGUAUCCAUGUAACAUUCAGGCAGUCUAAAUGCACUUUAAGGCUCAGUGUAUACACUCUGUGUAUGUUGUAUGCAAUAGUACAUGGUCAUGUGGCUAUUCGGUAAUGGAUUAAAGAAAUUCAAAUUCACAAACCCUCAAACUUAAACAAACAAACAACCAAACAAAAAACAAUACAAUGCUCAGCAAUAUUGUGUUUUAGUUUUAAAGUUCUUACCAGUCACUUGGGGCUUUUCUGAGCAUCAUCUCUCCUGAUAUAAACAGUUUGUUGUAUAAUAAAUAGGUGAUGGCCUCCAAGUCCUCCAAAACUGGCUGCUGGAACAAUUCUGCAUUGAUGUGUCCAUGACUCUGCCAUAAGCUCAAUUAAAACUUUAAGUUGUUCUAUUUUCAGCCCAAAAUAAAUGUCCUACAUAUAGAAGGUGGACCUUUUUUUUUUAUUCCAAAUGUCAUCAUAAAUAAAAAAUUGUGGCUGCUUACACUUGGGCCCGCAUCUAUUCCAGCUCAACAUUGCUGUAAGGGGAAGUGGCAGCUCAGUAGUUGAGUUGUUGGACUUCUGAUCAGAAGGUUUAGGAAAGGCCCUUAGCCCUCAACUGCUCAUUUGUAUAAAUGGGAUAAAUUUAAGUUGCUCUGAAUAAGAAUGUCUAAUAAAUGCCGUAAAUGUCAUUUCAUUCAUUAUUGAAUGAUAAUCUGCUUUAUGGAAUCUUUGUCUUCUUUUUUUCUCGUUUCUCCAAUAAGGUAAGAUUUAGUUUCCAAACUACUAGUAAACUGUGUUCCUCACAGGGUGGUGAUGCCUCCCCAAAACGCCACGCGUGACGUAACUUCCCAUUGCCUUCAGGCCCUCAAGUCUACUUGUUGAUUUAAUAAAUGGCGUGUGUAAUUCAUAAUUACAUUAAAGUAAAUGUGAGAAACACCAUGCCAACACGGUUGACACGAUCAGGGCGCUUUAUCCAAAUGGUCCAUCUGUGAAUAUUAAGCGCAGAAGCUGGAAACGUUCCUUCCGGUAAAGGGUUAAUCUAGUUUGUGUACCGGCUCAGCGCUUUUUUUUCCUGAGGGUAGUAGUUAUUGUGGCGCAGAGCCUGUGGACGGCGCGCUGCCGCAGCGCAACUUCUUCACUCGGCGAGAAGGCGAUAAGAGCAGCGCGAGCGUGAACAAUGGGCGAGCGGAGAGCGCGCGCCGCGGCGGAUCGGGACCGAGCCUGUGCGUGAACGCGCCGCGGCGGCGGCGUCCGCAAAAUAACCUGUCCCCGAUGGACGGGCGUCUCGCGCACGGCGGCGACAUGGAGAACGCGCCGGAAAACCCAAGCAAGGCGGCCGAGUUCCUGAAGGAGCUCAACAACAUCAUCGAGACCCAGCAGGAGUUGCUAGAGAAGCAGAAGGGUCGCAUUGAGGAGCUCGAGCGCCAAGUGCACGAGCUGUGCGAGGAAAACGCGUGCCUGAAAGAACAGCACCAGCGGCACCUGGUCACCUGCAGACUGCAGCAGCUCAGCUCCAUUAAAGAAAAUGUCCUGCAGGAAAAACGACACACUUCUUUGCCUCCUGAAAUGACAGAAAACCAAGGCACCUAUAUUACUCCUCUCUGUCGACGAAGUUACCCCUGUCGUAAAUGGAAGUCAGCAUCAUUUGGUGUGGAGGGUGAUGGUGCAGGCUGUGAGGCAGGUGUGUCUCUGGACAGCGGAUAUUCUCGUGGGCCGGUGACACGGAGCUCCGUCAUCAGCACUGAGCACUUUGAGGCACCUUCGCUUUACACGCACGAGAUCCGUCAGCGUCCCCGUCGCCCCAAACUCCAACAUUCACAAUCUAUCCUCCGCAAACAGGCAGAGGAGGAGGCCAUCAAACGCUCACGCUCCCUCUCUGAGAGCUAUGAGCUCUCCACUGAUCUUCAGGACAAACAGGUGGAGAUGCUGGAGCGGAAGUACGGGGGACGUUUUAUAACUCGGCAUGCGGCCCGGACCAUCCAAACAGCUUUCCGUCAGUAUCAGAUGAACAAAAAUUUUGAGCGCCUCAGGAGUUCUAUGUCUGAAAACCGCAUGUCAAGGCGCAUCGUCCUUUCCAAUAUGAGGAUGCAAUUUUCCUUCGAAGGACCUGAAAAAGUCCACAGCUCUUACUUUGAAGGCAAGCAGCUCUCCCUGAGUGAUGAUAGCUCUAAGCUGGCACAGUCAGAUCGUGGUGACAUGGUACCAGUCAAUGUUAAGUCACAAGCAGGACAAAGUGACUUCACGGAUGCCAUCACUGAGCUGGAAGAUGCCUUCUCUAGGCAGGUAAAGUCCCUGGCUGAGUCAAUUGAUGAUGCUCUAAACUGUCGCAGUUUACAUGGGGAUGAGGGGCAAGAUGAAGGCAAAAGGGGUCAUGGUGACCUGGAUCGGGACAUCACAUAUCAGGUCAAACCAUCACACAGCGGAGACCGUCGCAAGCUUGAUGAAAUGACGGCAUCAUACAGCGACGUGACCCUCUACAUUGAUGAAGAGGAACUGUCACCUCCUUUGCCUCUCUCACAGUCUGUAGUGGACAGGACAUCCAUGGAUCCAGAACUGCAGCUGCGUGCACUAAACUCCUCACAGGACUAUUGGGUACACAAGGAAGACAAAGGUGACACUGACACUAGCUGUCGCAGCACGCCAUCUCUGGAGUGCCAGGAGCAACGGCUGAGGAUGGACCAUCUUCCACUGCUCACCAUCGAACCUCCAAGCGACAGUUCAGUGGAGCUGAGUGAUCGUUCCGAGCGCAGUUCCCUAAAACGGCAGAAUGCCUAUGAAAGAGGUGGGCCUAGCCAACAGGGCAGCCCCAAGCGCCAUCCCUCGCAUCCCUCCCAUUCUUCCAUUUCUCGAAGAGAUGAUGAUGUCCCCCGGCAUCGACCACGGCAGCUAGAAAGUCACCUGGCCAUCAAUGGCACAGUCAACAGGCAGAGCAAAUCAGAGUCUGAUUUCUCAGAUGGUGACAAUGACAGUGUAAACAGCACAUCCAACUCCAAUGACACAAUCAAUUGCAGUUCAGAGUCAUCAUCACGGGACAGCCUACGUGAGCAAACACUCAGCAAGCAAACAUACCACAAGGAAACCCGUAACAGCUGGGACUCCCCAGCUUUCAGCAAUGACGUCAUCCGCAAGCGCCACUAUCGCAUUGGCCUCAACCUCUUUAACAAAAAGCCGGAAAAAGGUAUUCAGUAUUUGAUUGAGAGAGGGUUUGUUCCAGACACCCCUGUGGGUGUGGCUCACUUCUUGUUACAAAGGAAGGGGUUGAGUCGGCAGAUGAUUGGAGAGUUCCUGGGCAACAGACAAAAGCAGUUCAACCGAGAUGUCCUGGAUUGUGUGGUGGAUGAGAUGGACUUCUCUAGCAUGGAGCUGGAUGAAGCCUUGAGAAAGUUCCAGGCUCACAUCCGGGUACAAGGGGAAGCACAGAAAGUGGAGAGGCUUAUUGAAGCUUACAGUCAGCGCUACUGCAUCUGCAAUCCUGGAGUGGUGCGGCAAUUUCGCAACCCAGACACGAUCUUCAUCCUGGCAUUUGCUAUCAUCCUUCUCAACACUGACAUGUACAGCCCCAAUGUAAAGCCGGAGAGGAAGAUGAAGCUGGAGGACUUCGUGAAGAACCUGCGAGGGGUUGAUGAUGGAGAAGACAUCCCACGUGAGAUGCUGAUUGGCAUUUAUGAGCGUAUCAGGAAACGGGAGCUCAAAACAAAUGAAGACCAUGUGUCCCAAGUGCAAAAAGUAGAGAAGCUCAUUGUUGGGAAGAAGCCAAUUGGCUCACUCCACCAUGGCCUUGGAUGUGUUCUGUCCUUACCACAUCGCAGGCUAGUGUGUUACUGCAGACUGUUUGAGGUCCCAGAUCCCAACAAACCACAGAAACUCGGCCUCCACCAGAGAGAGAUCUUCCUCUUCAAUGACCUUCUGGUGGUCACAAAGAUUUUCCAGAAGAAGAAGAACUCAGUGACCUACAGCUUCAGGCAGUCCUUCUCUCUAUACGGCAUGCAGGUGCUUCUCUUUGAGAACCAGUUUUAUCCCAAUGGUGUGCGGCUCACAUCAGCCAUCCCCGGUGCAGAUAUCAAAGUUCUGAUCAACUUCAAUGCACCCAACCCACAAGACCGCAAGAAGUUUACAGAUGACCUGCGGGAGUCCAUCGCAGAGGUGCAGGAGAUGGAGAAAUAUAGGAUUGAAUCUGAGUUGGAAAAGCAGAAAGGAGUGGUACGGCCUAGCAUCUCACAGAGCUCUGGUCUGAAAAAGGAGACAGGCAAUGGUAACCUGAGCCGAGCUAGUCUGGAUGACAGCUAUGCCAUGGGGGAGGGUCUGAAGAGAAGCGCCCUCAGCAGCUCACUACGUGACCUUUCUGAUGCAGCUCUGUAUCCUGUAGUACUGCUAGGCAAGCGAGGUCGCCGCAGCAGUGCAGGAUCUCUAGACAGCAAUAUGGACGGCUCCAUCAUUAACAGCCCUCACAGGCGCCGUGCUGCCUCCAGUCGUGACUGCCCCUCACGCCAGCACUCAAUGCCCAGCUCAUCCUCACUGCUCGGCUCAUUGUUCGGCACCAAGCGGGGCGUCAAGUCUCCUUCCCUGCCCCCGCAGCCCCCUCAUCCAUCCCACCCCACCCUGAUCUCUCACACGCCGCACCCGUCCAACUUGCACCACACAGCUCGCGAGGGCACAAGUCUAAGCGACACACAUCCACCACACCACACUCAGUACUGCCACGUUCAGCAGAACCCACCUCCAUACCACCACCACCACCAUUACCACCCUCCUGCACAUAUCCAGUACCACCCCUCUUCUGCACCUGCCUCUUCCUCCCAUAGCCAUUCACAUGCACCACACUCCCACGCUCAGCAUCCGCCCCAUCCUUCCCACCUGCAGCACCACCACAGCCAGGUUCCGCCCCCUGCAGCCGGCCCAGGCAGUGCAAAGCCCAAACACAGCGGCAUCAGCACUGUGGUGUGAGGGAGUGAGACUGGGAGUGACUUUCCAGAGGCACCUUGGCAGAUUUGCUUUAUAGCUGGCAUGUGAAGACUGUGGCCCAGAAACCAUGGGGAAUGAAAACAAACAAAAGAAAAAUGGCAUUGUGACUCAUUUUAUUUCAUUUUGAGCCCCUUUCCUCAGGGAAGAGAAAGGGGAUGCACACUGUGUAGCACUGGCUUUCUCUUCCAGGCUUUCAGAGGGCUUCUAGACCCUGUGGGUUUCCCACCUCCAUUUCCACAUUUCCUGCACAUCAUUGUUCAUUUGUUCAGGCAAUGCUGCUUUUUCUCAUUAGGUUGAUUAUUUCCUUUUUUUUUUUUUCCUUUUUUUUUUUUUUUUUCUUUUACUUAACACCUGGAAGCCUGUCCGGCUUUCAUGAAAUGACAAUGCCAAGCAUGCACAAAGACCAUAUCUACUGUUUUAUCUUGUAAUUAAUUGCUUAUGAAGUACUACAGUAUAAAAUACCCUGCUUGUUAAUUAGCAGAAUCAAACAGUCUCAGUAGAACGAUUAUGCCUAGAAUUGGAGAGUUCAAAUACAACGAUCAAAAGUCUAGCCAUGAAUAAAAUCACUCACAAAGACGUAUGUGUUCCAGUAUUUAAUGUAGCUGUAGACCACAGUUCUCUGUGAAAUAGUUAGCAGUCUUUAAAUGUGCCAAUUAUUCAAAAGCAGUUACUGAGUUAGUAAGAAAUGCUUUGUGUAUGUCGUGCAUAUACUAUUUUGUAAGAUAUCAACAAUCAAUAUUACUGUUACAGAACAAAAAGCGUCUGAGGCGUGAGAUAAAAAAAUUCUCAGUAUUAUACUCUUAAAGUAGAAGAUCUAGUUUCACUGUAUAAAACUCAGUCCUUUUGAUUAGGCAUGAGGGCUUGACCACAAACUCUUCUGGAUUGCCUUUGAAGCAAAAUUCUGGAAGAUUCAUAAGCAAACACAGAGAAUUUUCUGUUCCGGCAGAACUGUGUUUACUGUCGUCUGCUCAUCACUAAACAAUCAGGAGUAAGGAGCUAGCUAAUGCAGGAAUCCUUCUUAGGCCUUGACUCCUCAGUCUUGGCCACUUAUUGCACCAUGGUUUUAUUUUUUUAACUACUUUUUUAGGGAUAAAUAAAAUUAUAUGAAUUUACCUGUACAUUUAAAGAUGAUAAUAAUCAAACAGAUUUGAGACUGACGAGGAAAUACAUACAUAUUACAUACAUGCUUUGCUCAAGAGAAUUUAGAAUGUUGUUUUUUGACUUUAAGGAGGGAGGCUACAUUUCAGAGUUACGUUUAAAAUUACUUUUCCUUUAUUUCAAAAGAGAUCUCUCCCAGUUUCUUGCUGUGCUAUUUGUUUUCUCAGCAGGCUAAGUGAGUUUGUGCCCCUUCACCCCACUGGGUGCUGCUGUUUGUGGUUCUGCAUGCAGCAUAAAUUGAUCAGGCUUUCUAAAAAUCUGCUUUUGGUUUGUUUUCUUUUGUUUUUUAAUAAACACCUUUCACUUGUUCACAAAUUAAGCUAAGGAUAGGCUGAACCAGGGGAUGAGAUAUGUAACUUAUCACAGCAAAUUAAGAAAAGAGGUUAAAUCAUAUUUUUCCACACAUCUUAAUUUUUGUAACUUCCUUUAUGCUGAGUAUGCUGUGUAUAGAAAUGAGAUGAUGAAGUUAUAAUUUGAUUCACUUGAUCUGAGCUCAGAUAAGAAAGAUCUGAAUGGCACUUGUCUCAUUUUGUAAGUAUUCAUUUAUGUACAGCAACUAUGAUAGAAGUUUGUACUAUCUGAGACGAGUAUCAGCAGUGAAGAGCUUUUGCUUUGCAAUUGUUAUUUUUUUCUGUUGGUCCCAUUCUUUUGAUUGUUUGGUUUGUAUGUUUGUUUUUUUCCGUACUAAUCUUAUGUGCAAUAUGUAUAUGUUUCUGUUUUGUAAGUGAACAUUUGCAAUCUAGUGACAGACUUUCUUUUUUCCUUUAAGCUUGUCCUUGUCUUUAAUUCUGCAUUGCUUCUCUCCCUCCUUUCUCUGUUCUAGCGAAUUGCAGUGAAGAAUGUCCACUGAAUUACUCUUGCAUGUAACAUUAUACUGUAAGAAUAUUCUCUAAAUAUUGUAUAUUCCCAAAAAAUAUCAGUGUUACCUUUGACUGUUGUUGAAAUUUAAGUGACAUUAAAAGUAUGUAAACUUCUCUUCAUGCGACUGUGUACCUAUGGAAGUCAUUUUGUCAUAUUUUGUACCAGAAGAUAUUCAGCUAUAAAACAAAAUGAAUAGAACAAAUAGAACUAUAUUUCAUCUAUACAGUACAAACUGUGUAUCGAGGCUUUAAAAGUAGAUUAAGCUUCUCAACUACUUCUCAAAUAAUUUAUAUAUUACUUGCAUAUAAAUGGUGGUUAUCAAGAUGAAGUGGUUAUAAAGCAAGUCACUAAUCUCUGUCUAUUAUUAUUAUUAUUAUUAUUAUUAUUAUUAUUACUAUUAUUAUUAUUAUUAUUAUUGCUCCUUGAAUGCUGCUGUCAGAUCCAGGUUCAGGUGUGUAAUUCACAUAGAAACAAUUUAAUCUCAGAUGGAUCUUUUCCAUUUUUCCAUAGAUAAUAUUUAUUAAGCCAUGUCACAAUAAUGAAUUAAUUUAACAGAUUAUACCUCUAAAUGAAUCUUGAAAUUAAUUGAUUUCUGGGACAAAGUAAGAAAAGCAAAUGUCUCUACAUUUCUUUUUUCUUAAACCUUUGUUGAAGCAUUAUAUUGCUUUUUUUUUUUUUUUUUUUUUUUGCUGUUUGGUUGGAAUUUUUGUUUUUUUGUGUUUCAUUUGAAUGCAGUGAAAAGCAAGUGUAAUACUUUAAUGGUGUGAAGUACAGGAUGUUUAGUCUAAAACUUCUACUCCAUUGCAUGCAUUUGGACUGUUGGUUGAACUGUCAUCUUCCAUAAACAUAGGAAAUCAACUUAUUUAAUUCUGCUUAUUCCAUUGCAUAUAUCCAUGUUCAGUUUAUAAAUGGAAGGUUUUUUUUUUUUUGCCUUCUCGUACAUUUUACACUUUUUACACAAUCUUGCUGCACAUAAGCAUGUACUCUGGUUUUAUUUAUUGUUUAAAAAAAGAAAAAAAAAGAAAAAAAAAGAGAGACAGCAUCGCACUGUGUAUAGGUGUGUGACACAAAUUAUCUAUGUAUAUAUGACAAACGUAUAAAUGGGAAAAAAGGCCUAUGAAUAUUUCUUUAAUUGAAUUUGAAAGGGGUAAGUUAGGGCUAUGGGACUAAUGUGUGUAUAGAGUCUGUAUAGUAUUAGUAGUUAAUUUGUCAACCAUCAUUUCAUUAGUACAGUUUUAUCUUUUUAAAGAGAGUUAACUCACUUCUACUACCAAAUGUAUUUGAUUUGGCAUUGGACCCUCUGUAGGUCUUUACAACUGGCUCUUACCCGGAUUUCUCAUAUUUAGUCUGACACACUGCAUUUCGACAGAUAUACACACACAAACAUACAAUGUAGCUCAUUUUAUAGGUCUAGUUGUCUGAUCAAGAGAAGAGACUAUACAUGUUGAAAUGUAUUCUGUUUCUAAGUAGAUUGAGACCCUAUAGAUGUACAUCUAUAACUGUGACCAUGUGAUUAUCACACAAUAAAAGUAUACUGUCAGAUUUA